AUGGCAAAAGUUUCAUCAUCAAUUUGUUCAUACACUUUCAGUCUGUCUAUCUAUCUAUCUAUCUAUCUAUCUAUCUAUCUGAGUUUCUUUAUCUACCUAUCUAUUUAUCAAUCUCAUUCUGUUCAUCUAUCUAUCUAUCUAUCUAUCAAUCUAUCUAUCUAUCUCAGUUUCUUUAAAUCUAUCUCCCUCUUUCUCUUCAUAUCUAUCUAUCUAUCUAUCUAUCUGUUUGAUUUCUUUAAAUCUAUCUCCCUCUUUCUCUUCAUAUCUAUCUAUCUAUCUAUCUGUUUGAGUUUCUUUAUCUAUCUACCUAUCUAUAUAUCAAUCUCAUUCUGUUCAUCUAUCUAUCUAUCUAUCUAUCUGUCAAAUCUGAAUAACUUCAACUCUAUCUAUUUAAGUUUCUUUAAAUCUAUCUAUCUAUCUAUCUAUCUAUCUAUCUAUCUAUGCCAUUUUGUUAAUAUCUAUCUAUCUAUCUGUUUGAUUUCUUUAAAUCUAUCUAUCUAUCUAUCUAUCUAUCUAUCUAUCUAUCUAUCUAUCUAUUUGAGUUUCUUUAAAUAUAUCUCCCUCUUUCUCUUCAUAUCUAUCUAUCUAUCUAUCUAUCUAUCUAUCUAUCUAUCUAUCUAUCUCAGUCUACUCAUAUCUAUCUCAGUCUAUUCAGAUCUAUCUAUCUAUGUAAGUCUCUAUCUAUCAAUCUAUCUCUCUAUCUAUCUCAGUCUAUCCAUAUCUAUCUAUCUAUCUAUCUAUCUAUCUAUCUAUCUAUCCCAGUAUUUUCCUAUCUCUCUCUCUCUCUCUCUAUCUAUCUAUCUAUCUAUCGUGCUAUAG